UGUCCUGGGUCGUCGGCGUGUUGUUUACUCGAUCUGCUCGUUUGAGGCUGCAUCGAUCUGUGGAUUUGAGCUUAAUUAACUGCGGCAGCCAUAUACUAUCUCGACGAUUUCUAGUCGCGGGGUUCUCGCUCAGAAAUCGGUGAACGGGUGGGUGGUGCCGCAGCGGAGAGGAGGGAGGGGGAUGGCGCAGCCGCCGCGUGUGUGCGUGACCGGUGGCGGCGGGUUCAUCGCCUCCUGGCUCGUCAAGCUGCUGCUCUCCCGCGGCUACGCCGUCCACGCCACCCUCCGUGACCCAGGCAACCCAAAGAACGCCCAUUUGAAGGAGCUGGACAAGGCCCCAGAGAACCUGCUUCUGUUCAAGGCCGAUGUGCUAGACUACGACACGCUAACACCUGCUGUUGAAGGAUGUGAGGGGGUCUUCCAUCUUGCCACUCCGGUGCCUGAAGAUAAGAUUGUUGAUCCUGAGUCACAACUCGAUACUGCUGUGAAAGGUACCUUAAAUAUACUAAAGGUCUGCUCAGCUGCAAAGGUUCAGAAACUUGUUGUGAUGUCCUCCAAUGCUGCUGUGGAUUUUAACCCGAAUUGGCCUCAAGAUAUAAUCAAAGAUGAGAGUUGCUGGUCCGACAAAGAGUUCUGCAAGGAAAAUGGGGACUGGUAUUCUGUUGCUAAGAUUAUGGGUGAACAGGCAGCCUUGGAAUAUGCAGAUAAAAAUGGACUGAAUGUUGUUACACUUUGCCCACCUUUGGUUUUUGGCCCACUGUUGCAGCCUACGGUGAAUACUAGCAGCAAAUUUCUCAUCUACGUUAUAAAAGGAGGCCCUGAUGUGAUGAACAACAAACUGUGGCACAUAGUAGACGUCCGUGAUGUGGCUGAUGCUUUGCUUCUGCUGUACGAGAAGGAAGAGUCAUCCGGGAGAUACAUCUGCUCGCCGCAUCACAUUCGCACGAAGGAUUUGGUGGCCUUGUUGAAGAAGAUGCACCCAGAGUACAACUACGUAGACAACAUCCUCGAUGUCGAUCAGAAAGCGUCGUUGACAUGCCAGAAGCUGAUGGACCUGGGCUGGGAACCCAGAACGCUGGAGGAGACGCUCUCGGACUGUGUCGAGUGCUACGAAAAGGCAGGCGCGCUCCAGGAUGUACCCGGGCGUCCUUGCCGUCUCCCCCAUCUCUUCCGUCUGGCUGGUGACCAGUGAAUCAACUGUCGUGGCAGUGUUUCCUGGUUAUGAACCGGUGGCUCUAUCUUGAUCUUGGAACGCUGCUGAAAUGUGAACUAGGAAGGAAGCGCCAAUAAAUUCUCAUUCCACUUAAUUUGAUAGUGAUACUAUCAAAUCUUUGGGCGUGAAAGAUAUAUUCUAAAAAA